UCACCCUCGCUAAGGUCGCCACCAACGUCCUCAACUCGACCGAGGUCCACAACUCUGAGACGCUAUUCCAUCUCGUUUGAGACCGGCCGCAGGGGCGACCGCUGACCACCGUCAGCAACCACAUGUCCACGGUUGGGGCCAGGGCCGGCCCUGAGCUGAGGGGGGCACAAUAUUUUCUACCCCUUUGUUCAUCACGAGGAGCGCAAGCACUUGCUGAGGGGGAUUUCGGGCCGUCCCGGACUGACGAGGUAGAUGAUUGGGGAUCGACGAAGAAAACUCCAGUGGGGUUUGAGAGGAGGGAGAGGCCGAGAGGGGUCGAGGGUUCUUCGGUUCGUAGUCGAGGGCUGAUGAAUCGGACAGCUGGAUAUCAAAGAAGGGGACUUUGCCUCCGGUGAAUGAAGCAAGGAGAGAAAGGAGGGGUUUCGAUUUUCAUAAGGAGAGAAGUAAAGGGAACAGAGUUGAUUCUGAUAGUUGGGGAAAGAAGAGGGAGGAGAAUGGAGGGAGUUCGAGGCCGAGGAUCGUGCUUCAUCCAAGGACAUUGUCGGUCGUUAAUAAGGUUAAUGGGGAGGAGAAGAAGGAGGUGGAGGCGAAGAGUAAAGGGUCGAAUCCUUUUGGAGCGGCGAGGCCGAGGGAAGAGGUUUUAAAGAAGAAGGGGAAGGAUUGGAAGGAGAUUGAUGAGAAGCUUGAGGCUAUGAAGAUUAGGGAACCGAAGCGUAAUGCUUGGAGGAAGGAGGUUGGGGUGGGUAAUGGGUUGAAGGAGGAGAGGACCGAGAGGACUUGGAGGAAGCCGGAAGGCGGAAGCGAGUGAUGCUACUUCACCACCACCAAGGUUUGAGUUUUGAUUCUUUCAUUUAUAAUUCUUUGGGCUCUAUUUUGCGAAAUGAUAGGAUGCUGCUUUUGCUUUGUAGUUUUAGUUGGAUUGGCGAUUGAGUUACAAGAAGAGAACAUGAAUUCUUUGACUUAUUGUUUGCUUGCUCAUAUGUUAUAAGAUCAUGUGAAAUUAUGAUUUUUGGGUGAUGUUCCUGAUAUUUCAAAUAUGGGGAGUGUUUUUUCUUCUUUUGUGCUUAAAGUUGCCUUCAUUCUUUUAUUUCAUCAUCUUUUGUAUAUAUGUCUGUUAAUGUUGGGUUAGAUUUCUUAGUUUUGAAGUAAAUUACACGUAAACAAUCAUUCAAUUCCAUGUUAAGAGCUUUGUUUUGCUUACUAACUGCUGCUAUUUCCACUAUUUAUGUAAUACAUUAUAUGUCUAGUGUGUUAUAGUUUUGUUUAGACUUGUAUUUCUAGUGACGUGUUACUAAAUAUGCUGGUAGCAGCUAUCCUAGUAUGGCAAAACCCAGGCUCAAUACUUAUGGUUAAAAGGCUGCUGAUGACUAGAGGUGAAUAUUGGAAAUAUCAAUGAACCUUACCAGAAUUUUCUCUAUGUUGAGCAAGAAUAAAUAGAUGAGUAGGAACUUAUAGGAUUGACCCUUGAUGAGACGAUAUGUUUUAAAAGAUGGAAGAAUAAAUAGAUGAGACGAUAUGUUUUAAAGCAGGAAGGUAAAAUGCCAUGUGAUAUUCUGAUGGUAAAAUUCUGUGUGCCUAUUCCGAUGGAAGAAUAAAUAGUUAAAGUAUAUCAGUAUUCUUUAACAAUGCAAACAAAGAAGACAGAGGAGCUCAUACUUACCACUGUUUUCUGUUCUUAUGUGGAAUUUCGUUGUUAAUGAUGCUGUUUCAGAAAUAGAAGUUGUCUUUGUCCCAGAAGCUACAGGUUUAAGAUCCAUUGUAGAUGCUGUUGAGAGCCAAAGCAGUGGUAAGUUUAAGGUGCACGUCUGGAAUCCAUACAGCAGAACAGUGUCAGAUGAUGCCAGAGAAGCCUCAAAAAUGUUUCACCUUUUCAUUUCCAGUCUCAUCCUCAGUGUUCCUGUCUUCCUCAUACGCCUUCCGUACAUAAAUUGUUUUGUAAACAAAAAUCUCGGACCAUUUAUAAUCAGUGAUCUGUUGAAGUGGGUUCUAGUGAGUAUUGUUCAGUUUGUAAUUGGCAAGCGAUUCUAUGUAGCAGCCUAUAGAGCACUGCGGAAUGGAUCUACAAACAUGGAUGUUCUGGUUGCAUUGGGAACUUCGGCUUCUUACUUCUACUCUGUUUGUGCCCUUCUAUAUGGUGCAAUUACUGGGUUUUCAUCCCCCACUUAUUUUGAGACAAGUUCUAUGUUAAUUACAUUUGUUUUAUUUGGGAAGUGUUUGGAAGUUGUUGCAAAAGGAAAGACGUCAGAUGCUAUCAAGGAAGAAUAGGUUUGGCUUAAUAAGAAGAGUGGUGAUGAUGAUGAGUUGAUUGCGAAGGGAAAAUCCUAUGUGAAUUCGUGUAAAUAAUUGAUGUAAAAGUUUGUAAACAAUUUUUUUCUAGUAUUUUGGUGAAUGUAUUAUUUGAAUAUAAUGGGAUUUGAUAUUGGAA